AUGUUCCCUUCCGCUGUUACUUUUUUCACAAUAGUUUUUCUUCAAUAUGUUAGUGCCGCGAGUGAAUGUAAGCAUGGAGAAUGUGCAUAUGGCGAGGAGAUUGCUGAUUUUGGUUGCCGCAGAACUAAUCAAAAAUGUGGCGAAAAUAUGAGAUUUUCUUCGAGCAAUGAAAUUUGUUGGCUGAGAUGUGAAUGUAAAAAUGAAAAAUAUAUUGGAAAAGAUGACAAAUGUAUUGAAAUUCAUCAACAAACUAUUGCAAGAAAUAAUCCGACAACUAUUGGAUUCGAAAAAAGUUCGACUAUUUCGAGCCAUAAUAUCAAUUCGGCAAGCAAUAAUGUGAAUUUUGCAAGUAAUGGUGCCAGUUCCUACGAUAAAUCCGUAUGUUUGAUGAUGCAAGGACGAAAGUGUGGUAUUCAUAUGAUAUUCAGAGAAAUUCAGCCAAGUAACUCAUCGGAAAGUUUUAGCUCAAAUGAUAAAAUUUGUUGGCUAAGAUGUCGGUGCGAAAAUGAAAGUUAUACUAGAGAAGGUGAAAAAUGCGUUGAAAUUCAGCAACGAACUGCGAUAGCAAAUAAUCCAACGGCCGUUGGAGAAAUUCCGAUUCAUUCUCAUUCGAUAAACAAUGAAAGAAAUUACAAAGUUGGCGAUCAAAUUUUCGACUUUGGUUGUCGACGAACAAAUCAAAAGUGUGGAACGAAUAUGAUAUUUAAAACUAUUUCGAAAGUGCUCCUUCUCGAAUACCCACAACCUUCGUAUCGAUGUUUUCAAAAAUGCUCGUGUAUCAGCGAAAAAUAUAUAGAAAAUGAUGGGGAAUGUAGAGAAGGGCGUCAUAAAACAGAGAUAGAUUGA